GUCAACUGGAAUGGAUAUACUCUUAUGUGGAAUUUGUAAAUAAAGGAUUCAAGAUGAGGCUGUAUUGCCUGUCCAGUGAGCCAACAAAGCCAUGCUUGGUUCUAACUUUCAAAGGAACCACACUGAUGUUGGAUUGCGGUUUAAACAUGCAAUCCAUUUUACAUUUCAUGCCUUUGCCUAUGGUUCCUAGCAACAAGUUUAAUUCCUUGUCGACGUGGCUGCCGCGCAAUGAUAAUCAGCAAGAUUGGCAAAUUGAAGGGGAGUUGAAAGAAUGUUGUGGUAGAGUUUUUGUAGAUUCAGUUCCAGAGUUCACUCCCCCUUUGGAGAAAAUAAUUGAUUUCUCAGAGAUUGAUGCCAUUUUGAUAUCCAACUAUACAUGUAUGCUCGCAUUGCCGUUCAUAACGGAAGGCACAGGUUUUAAAGGUAUAAUAUAUGCUACCGAACCAACAUUGCAAAUUGGACGGUUUUUUAUGGAGGAAUUAGUAGAAUUCAUCGAGCGGACUCCUAAGGCGACAAUGGCCAAACAUUGGAAGGACAUGUUACAUACGUUGCCAUCUCCAUUAGCUGAGGUUGUUAAACCAAAAUCCUGGAAGCAUAUUUAUUCCAUAUCGGCCGUGAAUUCAGCACUAUCAAACAUUCAAAUGGUUGGAUAUGAUCAAAAGCUGGAUAUAUAUGGUGCUUUAACAGUGACACCAAUCAGUUCGGGAUUUUGUUUAGGUAGUAGUAAUUGGUUGAUCUCUAGCGACCAUGAAAAGGUUGCUUUUGUCAGCGGUUCGUCUACACUGACUACUCAUCCAAAACCCAUGGAUCAAGUCACGUUGAAGCACGCAAAUCUAUUGAUUUUGACAGGCUUAACACAAACACCAACUGCCAACCCAGACACAAUGCUUGGGGAAUUGUGCAUGACUGUUGCUGUGACUCUUAGAGCUGGUGGAUGCGUCUUGAUACCUUGUUAUCCCUCCGGCGUGAAUCUGGACAAGUCAGGCUUCACGCAAGUGCCUCUAUUCUUCAUCUCACCUGUGGCCGAGACAUCCUUGGCUUAUUCGAAUAUUCUUGCUGAAUGGCUGUCGACAAAUAAACAAAACAAAGUUUAUCUUCCAGAGGAACCGUUUCCACAUGCUUUCCUCGUGAAGAAUGCUCGAUUGAAGCAUUAUACAUCUACAUAUGCUGAAGGAUUCAGCAGUGAUUACAGACAGCCUUGUGUCGUCUUCUGCGGCCAUCCCAGCCUUCGAUUUGGCGAUGCCGUGCAUUUUGUGCAGUUAUGGGGCAGCAAUCCUUUGCAUACCGUAAUUUUUACCGAACCUGAUUUUCCAUAUUUGGAAGCCCUCGCACCUUUCCAACCGUUGUCUAUGAAAGCAGUGCACUGUCCCAUCGAUACCUCUCUGAACUUUACUCAGGCUAAUAAACUCAUACGAGAUUUGAAGCCAGAGCAUUUAGUAAUUCCGGAGGUUUACACACAGCCCCCCGGGAUGGCACCGCAUAGAACGGAUCUUGUCAUCGAAUCCAUUGGGGAAAAACCCUUGAUUACUUUCAAACGCGGAGAAGUGAUAAAAUUGCCAUUAAAGCGGAAGAAGGGCCGUGUGUUUAUUGAGCCGGAAUUAGCUAGCAAUAUUGUACCGAGUGAAGUGCGACCUGGCUUGAGUCUGGCAUCUGUUACCGGCGAGCUUGAUGUCAAGGACAACGUGUAUACUAUAAAAAAUGUGGAGGACAAACUGACUGGAAAGAGGAAAAUGUCAUUGGGUUCGCCUGCGCCAAUCAUGGAAGAAGUGCUGAAGGAAAGAAAGCAUGAGUACGGGAAUUUGGAUCCACAAGAAUUGCUGCAAAAGCUCAAUCAGGAAGGCUUUCAUGGAGCCAAAUUACAGCACAGUCCUACCUCUACAAGUAUUCAUUUGCAAGACGAGGACACUCUAAUUCAGAUCGGAGAUAACUCUACGCACAUUUUCUGCAACGGCGAUCAAAAGAUCCGUAAACGUCUCAGGAGUAUAAUAAUGCAGUGUCUGAAAAGAUUUUGA